AAUGCGACACAGAGAAAAAGGCUCUUGGUUCAUCAAUGUUCUGGCUGAGGUGUUUGCAGCAGAAGCAUACUGGAGUAACCUGGAUAACCUUGCUCACAAGGUGCACGCCAAAAUGUCAGGGAAACAAGGAAAAGAAAUGGUUAUGAAUGAAAUUACAAAGAAGAACCAAGUCGAAAAUCGGAAGCAGAUGGCAGUGUGUGAUAAUUCUCUACAAAAAGACUUCUACUUCAAUCCACCUCCUCUAACCGAGGUUGUUGGAUGGGGCAUUACAUUGGCGUACUGGCACUGGUCUGGAUUACUGGAUAUAAUUAAGGAUGACUUAUCGAGCAAGUUGCAGGCAUGGAACAAUAAAGAGAUGGCUGGUGCCACCGUGAUGCCACAUCUCUUAAUGCUCUACUCACAGAGCUGUCGAUCAUCGGAAGAGACUAAUAGGCAAAUGACAAAGCUGUUGGAGUCGGACACUGAAAAUAAGAAGACUGUUCUCAUAACAACGAAGAACAUGUGCGGUGUACGGCAGAAAAAGUAUUUUGUUUCUCUUAAUAAACGUAAGUGUGGUCGCAAAGACUACUACAUUCCUUGUGACUAUCCCACCUGUUUGAAAGGGUUACAGCUUACAGACACCGAUCAUGAGCAGAGAAAUAAUGAGCUGUAUUGGUUUCAUAUCACGCUGCAGCAAAUCCUAUCUAAGAGGUUUUCUCAAGUGAAAUGUCCCUUCGUACUAGUUCCUUUUGAUGACAAGAAACCAAAUGCUGUAGAUGCUACAGUGAAGGAAAUGACUAAACUAUGGCGAGAAGACAAAAUACACGGAUUUCAACUGGAGGACGGAGAACCGGAGUGGCUGAAAAUGUCCGCUUCACUGCUUGGUAAAAGUUUAAAAUUGGAAUUCCAAAGUUGGAUGCCUAUAGGCAUUUUGCUUGCGCAGCGAUGGGCAGACCUGUAUUUCAGAAAUUAUGGCCCAAGGUUGUUGGAAACUGUCACAAACUUCCUUUACACGCCGCACGAGACUAAGGUCCUUCUUGACAAUGAUGAUGACGAUGAUGAUGAUGAUAGUGGUCACGAUAUGUAUGAAACUAGUGACUCUGAGAGGAUUCACCAAGGCGAUGGAGAUACAGAAAUUGACGCUAGUAAAAUGGACUGGCAGGCAAGCAACACCGAUUCUUUUCCGGUAAGAAAACUCCUAGUACUGUUGCCCAGGACGUGCAAAACGUUCGAUUGUGUAUCUGACGAUGAACAAUCAGUUGAAGCUGAGAAAGACAUGGAUGACUUUCCUGAUAGCACAAAAGGCAUAGGUCAACGGAUAAUAGGAAAAAGCACAGUUUACAAGCUAGAAAGUACAUUUUUCCUGGCCGAGUACGCAACCCCACUGCGUUGCCUGCGCCUCAUGAUGGAGGAUGGUAGAAUAACAGAGCAGUUAAUGGAUGAUUACUAUCGCCAGUUUUGUAGCCACUUAGAAUUAUGGUUGCAAAGAUAUCGAUCAUUAAAAGAGAGUUUUAGCCUUGUGCAGUAUGAUGAUAGAGAUAAGAACCAAGCACUGCUGGAUGCUUUAAAGAAGCAUCUAAAGCAACAUCAACAAUAGUUCCUCAUUACAGGGAUAUGUUAAUGGUCUUCAAUCGUAUUACUCACCUGAGGGCGAUUAUAUCGCAGUAGUGUCGCUGGUAUUCAGCAAUAUUGAUAUCUCAUAUAUAUCUCCAGAAGUUGAAGUGCCUUCCGUUAAUAAUUUGAAUAUUGGAUAAGCAAAUAGGUGCAAUGCAAGUAUAUAUAAAUCAUAUAUAUAAUCAAACGUGGAUUUCGGUGGUUGACUGCUGUAAUUAUAUUGCACGGUUGAUGGACUUUAAUUUUAACAUGAUUAUGUAUUUUUUACGCGUAUGAUUUCAUGUUUGCUACAUUUGAAAGUCUACAUAAAACAUCAAUGUCGUGGGUAAAAUGUGUGCUAGUCAAAUGUCAUUUUUUUCGUUUUCUAGCAGUUUGAAAUGACUAUCGAAGUGAAUGUAAAACGUUCUAUCUAUUAAUAAUUGAAGCUCAUGACCUCAUGAUCGUUUGCUUUUCUUAGAUUGUUAUCAAUGUAUUGUGAUUUGAUUAUUGAUGUAUUUGGAUAUAUCAUAUAAGCAUAAGAACUCCGGGCCGUUAUGAUGUUAUAAGUGUUAAAUGUCACAACAUUUGUGUAACUUCACUUCAAAAGUUAUAGUAUUUUAUACACAUGAUUUCAUAACUUCUUGAUCUUUUUUUACACCGGCCCCAUGGUCAAUAUGUACGUGUCGCAACUUUUUAUCAGUGCCUGUAUUUUUAUCACUAUGGUGGCUGUAUGUCAUGCCUGAUGACUAUGCUUAUAUGUAAAUGAGACCAUUCUACAUUUGAUUACCUAUACACGUGAUUUUUAAGCGUGGAGAUGGAGGUGUCACGUGUUCAAAAGAAGCACGUUGAAAACAUUUGUACUAGAGUAGUAGUGUGGCUAUAUUUUAUGUAAAAGAAUAUUUUAAUAAUGUUUGGUAUAUUUGAAGCAAAAACGGUCACGUUCACAAUGUUUGAAUAUGCGUCGACUCUGUUAAUUUUCGAUUGUUAAAAUGUCAAUUUUUUAUAAAAAAAUAUAGCUACUACGGGCUUUGACCUGAUGGGACGUACGUACCAUGAUAGCAGGGGUGAAUAAUAGAGAUCUAGAGAUCUCGAGAGUUAGAAUAAUAGAGAUCUCUAUUAUUCACUUUUGAUGGUAGUAAUAGCGAAGAGAACCGUGCCAUUGUGUUACGCAAGAAUAUAUAUAGACGGAUAUAUAUGCGACCUAUAUAGACGGAUGCAAUUAAUGUGCCAAUAUGCUCUAAGCGCUGCUGUGGACAACUACAUGGUUAUUAUUACUUGUUGAUGCGGACGUUUACCGCAUAAAACUAAUCAUGCUCGACUGUUAUUCAUUUAUCUUAAUAAACGAGUAUAUAUCACCGUUACAACAAAUA